UCUUCUGAGCAUUUCAUUCCUGAGAUACCAUUUGUGAGUAGGAUGGUUUGGUCUGGCUUCCAAGGGGCGUGGGCAAUUUUACAUGGAAGGAUUGGUUAAUUAUGAGAGAAAUGGAUGGAUGUGCAUUGCUGCGGGCGGCGUGUUCUUUUGGUUGCGUGCGAUGCCUUUGAAUUGUAUACUACUGGGAGGGUUUGGACUUGGAAAUCAAAUUGUGGCGGAACCUGCAGAAAGCCGAGGAGGAAACCGUUUUGGACUAUUCGGUGACUUGUCAAUACCGUUGAGUGUCUAGGUUGUGUAGCAAAUGACACCUGAUAUAUUUCAACCGUUCUAUAAAUCGAUCGGUGGCCAUUGGAGGGAGUCGAGGGAGUCGAGGGAGCUUUACAU